GGCAAUAGCUGUUUGAAAAUGGGCUGGCUUCAGUUUUGGGGUUAUUGUGUCAAUAUAAAUCUUGAUGAGUAUGACCAGCAGUACAGCAACACAAAAUGCAAGAACUCUCUUAUCGUGAACCAAGAUUAUUUUCUCAUGAGUGGUUCCGUGGAUUUCUCUGAUGCUGGUAGCGCAUGGGACGAAACAGUAAAUGUACAAACCCGAAAAUACCCCACUAAUGAUUUCAAACAAAUUUGCCCUAUUUCUACAUCAGCCACAGAAAAUAAUGUCAAACCUGAUAGCUGCUACUGCAACAACUGUUCAGGUGACAUUAAACAUUUCACAAUCAACAGAACUGCAGAAUUUCAGUACAGUAAAGCUGAAAUCAAAGUUUUAAUUCAGUCUUCAAAUGGUGAAGACAACGAAUACAGUAUGAAAAAAUUACCAGAAAUGAUUUCUUUAGAUCAAACUACAAGCACACUUAUAGCCGAUGAUAAAAUAUUAACACAUGAAGACUGUGGGUCAAAUUCAACAUUAAUAGCAUCCAAGAUUAGAUUAUGCUGUCACUCUGGUAAUGAGCCAUGCACUUCUGUCAUAUAUAAGAAUGGUGUAAAGUCUAAUGAUAGCAGCUGUGCUGAUGUUGAGCUGACAUCUUCUGAGAUUGCAAAUCUGACCUUUGAACUUGAAAUUUGUGGUGAAGUGCUCAAGACAGCCAUUCAGUCCUGCAAGAUAAAAGGAAAAACUGCUGAAAAUAAUGAGCUAACAAAUACUUCAAAGUGGAUCAUAGUUGCUGGAGUAUUGGUGGCAGCAGUAGGCCUUAUAACAAUGCUAAUAAUAUUCAUAGUAAAAAAAAUGAACAUCACUUGUUGCAAAGGAAAUAUCAUAACAAAGUGUUUAGACUUCUUUAGAAGAUGUAAAAAUACUGGUCAAUAUGUAAUAAAACCAGAAGUAAAAGACAAUCCUGGGGAAAUAACUUACACUUCAGUGAUAUUAAGAAACUGUUCUACUGAUCAGAGUCAACCAAAUGAAACAAAUCAACCACCAGAAGUAGACCAAAAUAAGCAUCAAGAUGCUGAGAUUAAAAAAGUGAAAAACAGUUCUAAGAGAUUGUCUGAUUCCACUCCACAACAGCAGCAUGCUAAUGGAAAGAGAUUUUCUGAUCCAAGUCCACACAAGAAAAAAAAUCAUCCCACAGAAGUAGAUAAAAUUAAGCAUAAGAUGUGCAAAUUCAAAGAGAAGUAAAAGUCACAGAUCUAAGAGACUGAUCCACUCCACAACAACAAAAUGUCAAUGCAAACAGAGCUGAUGAUUAGAGUCAACCAGAUGAAAAUAAAUCUUUCAGAAAAGUUUAAAAACAGGCAUGAUAAUAAAAAUGCUGAAAUUUUUUUUUUUUAAAUGUUUGGGUGGACAUGCAAUAAAAACAAAAUUAAUUAAAAAAAACAACUUGUAUAUAAGUAUGCAGUAAGAAGCAGAAAUAAAUGAUCUUUUUUAAAAUAUAUUGAUAUACCACUAAUAAAAUAACUAUAAAGAAAGUAUAGGUAGCUUCUUAAAUUUUAAUCAACCCUGGUUUUCUUGUGGAGCAUAGGGCCCUGCAGUCUUUAGUUGUAGGUGAAAGACUCCACCUCAAGGUUUAUCUUGGGGUUUCCACUCCAGGGACUGCCAUUGUGUACUUUUUGCCAUUACAUUUGAUCAGGUUUUUGUUGUUUAGUCUGAAAAUUUAGAAAGAAUAAAGCAAUGAUUUCAUGGAUACAGAAACUAGCAGCAAUUUCAUUUUACAUUUUUGUGAAAAUUAAACAUAUCUCUCAUGGGCCAAGGUCAGAAACAAAUCUAUCAUAUGAUUUUCAUGUGCCCCAGAGUCAGUCUGAUCUGAAUGGGAUCUUUCACCCUAUACAAUUAACAUAAUUGCUUAACAAUUCAAAAGGAUUAAAGGGAAUAUGUAGAUUGGAUAUUACCAAUAUUUUAUUGUAUUUAUUAUUUAAAUAUAUUAGUUUAGACAAAAAGUUACAAAUAUUAUAUGAAUCCAUAGAACAUGCAGUCUAGUCACCCUAAACCUUUCUUACUGCAUAGUUCUGAAUCCCUGAAAUUGAGCUGUUUAUGCAUGCUUGAAUG